CUCUGCUGGCGGCCUCCGUCCCUCACACGUCCACACACACACCUUGCCGCCUGCGCAGCGACCACACGCUCCCUCACAGCUCUUCUCAGCACGCACACGCCGCCGCGUCGUCCGUCGCCACCCGUCGCCAGCGCGCUCUUCGCACCCGCGCGCGCGCCGCCUCACGGCCCGCAUCUUCCACUCGGCCACCAUGCCGCCGCACAUCAAGCCUGCGCCGCGCCCCAGCGGCACGGGCGCCAGCGCCGGCUCGGCGCAGCACAUCAUGCCCGCCGGCGUCGUCGGGGCCGCUGCGGGCAGCAGCAGCACGUCUGCAGCCGCAGGCAGCAGCAGCACGAAGCGCAAGGCGCCCGCCGCCGAGACGCCCAUCAGGCAGAAGCCCAAUCCCGCCGCCGCCGCCGAGGGCGAGCAGGCCGGCUCGGGCGCCGAGGACGAGACCAAGGGCGAGCCCGGCGUGACGAAGCGCACGCUGCAGAACCGCAAGGCGCAACGAGAGUUCCGCAAGCGGCGAGAGGCACGCGUGCGCGAUCUCGAGGAGCGCUGUCGGCGCUUCGACCAGAUGGGCCUCGAGGCCAACGCCGAGCUGCAGCGUGUGGCACGCCGGCUCAAGGACGAGAACGAGGCGCUGCGGGCACUGCUCAACCGCCUCGGCUUCGGCAACAUGAUCUCGUCUGCGCUCGAGAGCGUCCGUGCCGACCAUGCGCGUGCCGCAAACGAGAGCAUGGGCUUCGGCGGCCAGAACGAUCAAGUCGCGGAUCUCAACAUGAACAUGAGCAGCGUGCCGAUCAUGUCUGCUCCGGCAGCGGCCAAGCGCAACUCCAGCGCAUCUACCAAGGCCUCCAAGACCGGCACCACCAAGAGCGAGCAGUCCAAGUCGAACGGCAGCGACGACGAGUCGUCCGAGGAGGACGAGAUGGACGACUCGCUGGCCUCGACCAGUCACUCCACGGUGGGCCGUCAGCUCGGGCCGGGCGACCUCAUGGCCGCGAACAUGCAGGACAUCAAGAUGUACCAGCCGCCGACGAACGUCGCCAGCAAGCAGCGGCAGACGUACGACUGGCAGGGCGCUCCCGUCUUUGCUCAGCCGCAGCAGGACGACCGGCGAACCGACCGUGCAGCCUCGACGAGCAGCGGCGACAGCUCGGCGCAGCGCGCCGACAACGGCAAGAGCCCAUCGCUCCUCUCGCUGCGUGCGCUUCCGGCACCGGGUGCGCGUCAGUCUGCCCAGACGCAGCCUGGCGGCACCAUGCCCACGCUGUCGCACGGCUCUGGCAACGCGUCCGGCGCCGGCAUGGGCGGCAGCGCGAUGCUCAACUUCAACGCGAACCGUCCGUUCAGCGGCGCAUCGAUGGCCGGCGGCGCGUCGGGCAGCAGCGGGCCGAGCUUCUACCCGUAUCCGCAGCGCACGCACCAGAACGACGCCCUCCUCAACCCGAACCCCAUCCCCUUCGCCUUCAGCCUGUCCAGCGAGCCGCCGUCGGACCAGAGCUGGUGGGAGGCGAUGGGCGGCGGCAUGCUCACGCCCGGCCAGGACCCGAACAGCCUCGACGAGAAGGCGCAGGCCGUCGCUGCGGCGCAGGCCGGCAUCAACGGCAGCGCACAGGGCCCCAACGGGCCUCAGAGCCCGUUCGACCUCUCUGCCUUCCUCACCGGCGGUCUCACGCCGACCGGCAACUACUCGUCGCAGAACUUCGAGUCGAGCGGCAUGCCCAACAGCCAAGACACGCCGCUCUCGUCGACGAUGAUGGCGCCCUCGCGCAGCGCGAGCGAGAAGAAGCUGGGCAAGGGCAACAACAUGGCGCCGCCGAUGCCGCCGACGGAGCACGCACAGAUGUUCCUGCGCCUGCUCGAGCGCAAGGUCGCCGCGCGUGACCCGAGCCCGUACGCCUCGCUCGGCUUCCAGCCGCCGAGCCUCUACGGCAACGACACGCCGCUGCAGUUCCUGCCGCCGGGCCAGAGCGCCAGCCCGGGCAACUGGCGCAUCGGCCAGAACGACGAGAGCGCAGCACGCGCCGGCUGGCAGGCGGCGACGGCGGGCAUGCAGCAGCAAAAGUCGCCGUCGUCGCUGACGCCGAGCGGCGUGUACUCGCGCCUGGCGCAGCACCCCGCCUUCCUCACGACCAACGAGCGUGAGCUCGAGGAGCUCGUCGACGCCAUCGACUCGCACGCCAGCAGCCGCUCGCCGGGCGCCAGCAGCAGCGCCAGCAGCAGCCCGAGCGGCUCGAACGUGCCUGCUCGCCAGGCCGGCCAGCAGUCGCAGCACCAGCAGGAGCGGACAUACUACGGCCAGCAGCAACAGCAGCAGCAAGGGCGCUCGCCGCUCAACCUCGCGCGCGCCAUCUCUGCUCGCCGCCAGAGCGUCAGCGGGCGCUCGAGCCCGGCCACGGGUGCCGGCGGUGCCGCCUCUGUCGAGCUCGACGAGAGUGCCGUCGACCACCUGAUGCACAUGCUCGACUCCAAGACGCCGGGCAUGGCGCACCGCGGCGCCCAGGCGCUGCAGGCCUCCUAGCCGGCCGCGCAUCCCAUCCACCUCUCUCUGUUCCCGCUGCACCACUACAUACAUCUCCCGUCCCAUACGCUCACCCCACAUACUCUCUAGCAUCGCAUCCACGCCUCGUUCUCAGUUGUACGUUCCUACACCCCCUUCGCAUCGGCCCCGUUCUGCGACGCGCCCUCUCUCCGGGCUGCCUCCUCUCUUCACCACCUGCGCCGAUCUCGCACCUGCGGGCGUGCCCCUUCGCGGCCGCCGCCUCGGUCUGUUCGCGCGCCUACUCGCGCCUCCCUGUUCGUACUUCACCCGUCAUGUACCGCGAUCUCGCCCCGUGAAUAUCAUCCCGAUGCAUCUCAGCC